AUGCACGUCCCCGCCUCCCUUGUCCUUUUCAUGGCUGCCGUCGCCUCCAGUACUGCCAUGGAAGACGCUGGUGGUGGGCCUGGCAUUUAUCCGUCCGUUUCGCCGGGCACUCUCUGCAGCUCGGCUUCUAUUCCAUGCGGCAAGCAGGACACCUCUGCAACCGAUUCGUGCCACAAGAACACGGAACCGCAGUCCAUGUUCGAGUUCAAGCGCUGCUGCUUCAAGCAGUGCCCCGAUGCCGCUGUCCUCUGCAGCAGCGCGGCCGAAGUCCCAUGCGGCGACAGUGACCAAAGCGCGUCCAAGGCUUGCCGCGCGGGGAAGUCGAUUGACGACUUUCAUAGUUGCUGCAUCAAAACGUGCCCGCCUGUCCUCAAUCCGCCGGGCAAUACCUGCACCAAGGCUGGUUAUGCAUGUGGCAGCAGCGACGAAGGCGCGUCCUUGUACUGCAACAAGAUGGACAAAACCCUCUCCGGAUUUCAGCAGUGCUGCGCCAACGCGUGCUCCCCCAAUCCGUCUAACCUGGUCUGUAGCAAGACCCGAUACGAAUGCGACGGACGAGACGGAGCCGCAUCUGGCCAUUGCUACGACCAGAUGCCAUUCGACAACUUUGAAAGCUGCUGCCAUCGUCACUGCGGAUCGAAAGAAAAAGCUCCUUCACCUCAGUUUAAAUGA